GAGUUUAUCGAAGCGUGAUCGUAAAUGUACGACGAAUGCCGAAUGCAUUAACGUAUUACAUUAACUUCUGGUGUUAUUGCAUGUGCACGUGUUUGGGAAAUUCGGAAAUUCAUUACUUGUUGAAAGAGCAAGACUACCAGUAUGUCAGAGGAGCAGCAGGCAUCCACCACUGAGGGCGCACCACUAUUCCGAGACAUCGCUGGUGAUGACAGCACCCCAGAGAUUACAGAGAUCGAGAGCUUUUGUGUCAACUGUGAGGACCAGGGCAUAACAAGAUUAUUUUUAACAAGGAUUCCGUUUUUCCGAGAAGUCAUUGUGUCUUCGUUCUCCUGUGAUCACUGUGGUUAUCGGAAUGCGGAACUACAGCCUGGUGGAAGGAUACAGGACAAGGGAGUGCGUUAUGAGGUCCUCAUCAAACACAAAGAAGAUUUAAAUAGACAAGUGGUGCAGACAAAUUUUGCCACUGUGUCAAUUCCAGAACUUGAGUUUGAGUCGCCUCCAAAUAAGGGAGUGUUGACGACAGUGGAAGGCAUUAUACAGAGGGCAGUGGAAGGUCUCAACCAGGAUCAAGUGCUACGUCGGAUCCAACAUCCUGAGAUUGCGGCACAGAUUGAUGCUUUUGUGGACAAACUGGAGAAACUUCGGGAAAUGAAGGAACCUUUUAAACUGGUUGUAGAUGACCCAUCAGGAAACAGCUUCGUUGAAAAUCCACAUGCACCGAAGCGCGACAAAGAGAUGACUGUCGGUCACUACACCAGAUCUAAGGAGCAGAAUGAACAGCUCGGACUUAACGAGGAGGAGACAGAAGAAGUGCCAGAUACUUCCGAAAAUGGGGAAACUGUCAGCAAGGAUGAGGUCACCCUGCUGCAAGAUAUUCCUCAUUUUAAAGAAGUUGUUAUCAUGGCAACCAAUUGUGAUGCUUGUGGUUACCGUGACAGCGAGGUGAAAGGAGGAGGUGCCAUUGAAGCCAAAGGUCGCAAGAUUUCUCUGAAGAUAACAGAUCCUAGUGACAUGUCUCGAGAUGUACUCAAGAGUGAGACAUGCAGCAUUUUGAUCCCCGAACUGGACUUCGAGACAGAGAUGGGUACACUUGGUGGCAAGUUUACCACUGUGGAGGGUCUACUGUCUGAUAUACAGGGGCAGUUGAAAGAUAGCAAUCCAUUCUUCCGUGGGGACAGCUCACAACCAGGGAUGGUGAACAAAAUCACUGCAUUCUGCGAUCAAUUACAAAAGAUUGUGACUGGUGAAUUGAUGGGGGUCCACUUGGUACUGGAUGAUCCUGCCGGGAACAGCUAUCUACAGAAUGUGUAUGCCCCAGACCCUGACCCUGAGAUAGAGGUCGUGGAGUAUGAACGGACCUUUGAUCAGAAGGAGGCUCUUGGUCUCAAUGACAUGAAGACGGAGAACUAUGAAAGUACAUGACAUCACUUCCUGUUGUUCUUGUACCUUAUCUCCUGUGAUAUUAAAUGUCUGAUGUAUC